AUGGCUUCAGCAAUGAAGGAAAAUUUUGAUAAGUACCGGGAGUCCUACAGUACUAUUCUCUCUGUGGCAGUGGUCUUUGAUCCACGAUACAAGUUGGAUUCUGUUUAUGGUGAUCCCGGUGAUCAAUCUCCAUCACUUGCUGAGAAUAUUGCUGAAGAUGUGGACUAUGGAGAUGAUAUGGAUGAGUUUGGUUCAUUUUGGGAAAAUCAGUUCUUAGGCGAUAGAACACAAUUAGAUGAAUAUCUGAAUGAUAAAAGGCUCGAGCGCAAACAACCAUUGGAUGUUCUUGUUUGGUGGAAGAACAAUGAAUCUCGAUUUCCUGAGCUUGCUCACUUGGCCAGAGAUAGUUUGAGCAUUCCUAUCACAACCCUAGCAUCAGAGUCGGCUUUCAGUAUGGGCGGAAGAGUUUUAAGUAGUUGGCGGAGCUCUCUUUUGCCUGAAAAUACCGAAGCCUUAAUUACCACUCAUAGUUGGUUAUACGGAUUUCCAAGCGGUGAUCAUGAUAAUGGACUUGAGGUGAAGAUUUCAAAGACUUUUGGAGGAUCCUCAGUGGCCUCUGAUUGUACUCCUCUCUGA